UCACACUGCUGGGCAAUGGGAGUGUACCAGGGAGCUGUUGUUUAUAGCCUAAGUUGUUUUAAUCUGCUCCUCUCCACCCCUCCCCCUUCCCUCUCUCCCCCCCCCCGUCCAGUGCCCAGGUCUCGCAGGUUUCGAUGUGGUUUGCCGAUGCCCUGUCCAGAGAAACACUUUGCUUUCCGGAUCGUGAGUGGAGCCGCCAACGUGAUUGGACCCAAAAUCUGCCUGGAGGACAAAAUACUCAUGAGCAGCGUGAAGAACAACGUGGGCCGUGGCCUCAACAUCGCUCUUGUGAACGGGGUGACGGGAGAGUUGCUGGAAACCAGGAGCUUCGACAUGUGGGCUGGAGAUGUUAAUGAGUUGCUGAAGUUUCUGAGACCGAUCCACGAAGGGACGUUAGUUUUUGUGGCCUCCUAUGAUGAUCCUGCCACAAAGAUGAACAGUGAGGCUCGCAAGAUCUUCUCGUCGCUGGGCAGCACAGCGAUUGCUGACCUGGGCUUCCGGGACAGCUGGGUGCUGGUGGGGGCCAAGGGCAUCGACAGCAAGAGCCCCUUCGAACAGCGCACAAAAAACAACAAGAACACAAACAAGUACGAAGGGUGGCCUGAGGCCCUGGAGAUGGAGGGCUGCAUCCCACAGCGCAGCCCAGAGGAGCAGUGAGGAAGCAGGCAGGGUGCCCCUCCCCUUCUGAAAGUGGCACGACCCGCUCUGCAGCCAGCACUACUGAGGGCUGUACCAAUAGCGAGGGGGGGGGGGGUCUGAUCGACCAGAAAGACGCUGCAUUCAAAGAGAGGGAGAGAAAGGCUUUGAUUUCCAUGUUGGAAUCAUUCCCGAUGCUCCCGAGCGCUGUUGCAAGAACACUGCAGAAAAUGUGCUGAAAAUUUUAUUUAGUCCCGUUCGUGACAAUUAAGAAGAAAAGUUCCUGAGGUGCUGGUCUGUUUAGUCUGGUAAAGGGUGGAUGGGAGUGGCUGGGUGGCUGUGGGCUGGGAUUAUGUGCUAUUUAAAUAAAACUGAUUUCUUUUAUUGUAACAGUUGUAUGGAGGAUAUUUUCUACUGAAAUGAGAAAUAAA